CAGCUAUUAUGCGGUGGUGCCGUUAAGCGAUGGUGACGCCUGUGAACGAACAGCCGUCGCAGAAACGAGUUGCUAACGCGUGUCAAUACUGCAAGAGACGUAAGAUCAAAUGCUCUGGCACGGCACCAUGUAGCAAUUGCACCCGUCGCCAGAUCUCAUGUGUUUUUGAAGAGGUGGACAAGAAAGUUCUCGUCUCGGAAAGGUAUCUGCUAGAGUUGGAGAGACAACACAAUGAUAGCCCUGGCCAGGAGGUUUCUGGUGCAGCCAGAACUCCGUCUGUGCCCUCGCUCAUCACACCCAAUGUCCAGAUUAGUAUUCCCGGUGACAUGAACAAUGAACAGGAGAGGGCUGAAGUCCGGGAUCCUGAACUGCAAGGUUCAGAUGAGCAGUCCGAUUAUCUCCCGUCUGACUCAAUCACCAAUCCUUUGGUGUCUCACACAUCUACCCACGUGCGAGAUUCUGUCGGAAGAUAUAGAUUUCUCGGGCCAUCUUCGACUUGGACAUUUAGCCAGCGGGUAUUCAAUCUAUUGAAAGACGCCUUUCCAGAGGCCCAAUCUACUCCGGUUCCGUUGAACCUUGAUGGUACUGCGUAUCAGCUAGACUGGACCAGUGCAGACCGUAGCAGCCCGGUCGACACCACAGAUCUCCCAUCAAUGGAUUACACCCUCUAUUUGAUGAAUGCUGUCAAGUUUCAUACGUGCCAAAUGUUUCGGCCUUUCGACGAGGAAGACUUCACUCGCAAUCUUUACGAGUUCCAUGAACGAGGACUAGACAAGGUCCAGUCUUCAAAACUUUGGUUCAUCGAGUUCCUCUUGGUUAUCGCUCUUGGUAAAGCCGUGGUCAUCGUGGUCAAGGACCCGACCACGGCGCCGGGCUCGAUAUGGUUCCAACGCGCCAUGUCCAUCAUGCCAGACUUCGUGGGUCUUCAGCGUGAACCCAAUCUUGCUAUUCAGGUACUAUGUCUCGUUGCAUUGUACUUGAUAUCUGUGGACUGGAAAGAGGCGGCCUAUGGAUAUAUCGGCCAGGCAGUCCGCUUGUGCUUAGUAGAGGGCUUCCACCGUGGAACGCCUCGCCAGAUCAUGGGUGACAGGGUGGCCAGCCACCAUCGAGACAUCUGGUGGACUGUCUAUAUCCUCGAUCGGAGAUUGUCGUCUAUGAUCGGCGUCCCGAGCUCAGUUCAAGACGUCGAUAUUACCUGCCCUCUACCCGGUCUUGAUGACCAUUCUCAACGCGGAACAGUGCUGAACAUUAAUGUCAAGAUCUCCAGGCUAAUGACACAAAUUAUUAAUUCCGUUUAUAGUGUCGAGCGGCUUGGUCGGCCAUUUGUCAAGACUGUUCAAUCUGUUCUCCGUGACAUGGCAGCAAUCGCUCAUGAGAUGGAUGUUGUGUGCUCUUCGGCGGCUUAUGGUAGCAUUGGAGCUGUUUCGACCGUUGCAGGCCAUAUCCAACUGUCCUAUCACCAGUGCAUUCUCCUCGCCACGCGACCGCUUCUACUUCACCUCAUGAUCGCUCGUCUCGAGGGCUCUGUAGGCCCAGGAGACCUUGAGAAAACGCUCUUGCCCCAGACUAAAAAUCUACUUGACACCUGCCUCCAAUCUGCGAGAAUCACGCUGAGAAUCCUCCUCACUCUGUACGAACACCAUUUAAUUGGCGAGUCAGAACCGUUUUGCACUCACUCGUUCCUGCCUUUCGACCUUGAGAGUGCAUUUUCUGCCGCCUUUAUUGUGACUAUGGCGUCCGCUCUUGUGCCUACAAUGAUCGUUGAUGCAGCUACCUAUAGGGCUACUAGCGAUCGCAUUAUAGAUUACCUGAUCCGCAAGGGCAAUGUUCCGGCGCAACUGAGAAAGAAGGAACUGCUGUGUCUUGAUCAGAUGAUCCAGCCCUUACUCGAUCACAGAGAUCAGCAUUUGCCGCCGCCUAUCCACGCUUCUCAGCCGCCAGCACACGCUUUCUCUCCAGACUUUGGCACGCUGGGUGGUUGGAGGGCGGGUCCCGGAGAGAGUGGCUUCAGCCCUUCUCAGAUGUUGAACAUUGCAGAUCAACUGGAUACGCAUACCCAAGGAUCAGCGACAAUCAACGGAGAUUGGACAACAACAAGCCCGUGGGUCUGGUGGACUGAACAACAAAAUGACCAGAUGAACCAAUUUAUUUGAGUUGAGCAGAGUCUCCCUUGAAGCUUUGACGACUCUGUGUCGAGGCUUCAACAUUGACAACAGGCUAGCUGAUUCAGGGCGAAUCCACUGUUUGCUAGGCCGUCUGUCUCCUCUACCAAGGCGGUGAAUGACCCAGA